UCCAUUCAGCCAAGAUGGCGAGCGGAGGGCUGUCCGUGGCUUCGCUGUGGACCGAAGUGAACCGCUGCGGACAGAAUGGAGACUACACAAGAGCCCUGAAAGCUCUGACAAAAAUUUUGCAUGAAAACAGAGACGAUGUGACGGCCCUUCACUGUAAAAUAGUUUGCCUUGUUCAGAACGGCAGCUUCAAAGAGGCUCUGAAUGUCAUGAACACCCAUUCAAAAGUGCUCGGCAGUGAGGUUGUGUUUGAGAAGGCGUACUGCGAGUAUCGGCUGAACAGAGUGGAAAGUGCCCUGAAGACCAUUGAAGGUGCUCCUGAGCAGACGGACAAGCUGAAGGAGCUUUAUGGUCAAGUGUUGUACAGACUUGAGCGCUACGAUGACUGCAAGUCCGUCUACACAGACCUGAUCAGGAACUCUCAGGAUGAGUACGAGGAGGAGAGGAAGACCAACCUGGCUGCUGUGGUGGCCGCAAUGAGUCAAUGGGAGAAGGCCCCGUUGGAAGAUCUUGGUCUUCCCGAGUCGACGUAUGAGCUGUGUUACAAUGCUGCCUGCGCUCUGAUUGGCCAAGGACAGCUGACAGAGGCCUUUAAUAAACUGCGACAAGCAGAGGAGCUUUGCAGAGUCUCACUGGCGGAUGAUUCUGAUGUAACUGAAGAAGACAUCGAGUCGGAGCUGGCUGUCAUCCAUUCUCAGAUGGCGUACGUCACGCAGUUACAAGGUCGGACAGAUGAGGCGCUGCAGCUCUAUAACCAGGUCAUCAAGCUCAAGCCGUCAGAUGUGGGGCUGCUUGCUGUGACUGCCAACAAUAUCAUCACAAUAAACAAGGACCAAAACGUGUUUGACUCCAAGAAAAAGGUGAAACUCACGAAUGCUGAAGGUGUUGAAUACAAGCUGGCCAAGAAACAGCUGCAGGCCAUCGACUUCAACAAAGCUCUCCUGGCCAUGUACACAAAUCAGGCGGACCAGUGCAGGAAACUGUCAUCCAGUCUUCAGUCUCAGAACCCGGGUCACCCACGGCCGGUCCUCAUCCAGGUUGCUCAGCUGUGCAGGGAGAAGCAGCACAGCAGAGCCAUAGAGCUGCUCCAGCAAUUCUCAGAUCAACAUCCAGAGAGUGCGUCUGGCAUCAAACUGACAAUGGCACAACUCUAUUUAAUACAAGGUCACGUAACAAAAGCCUGUGAUGUCCUGAGGUCCAUUGAAGAGUUCAAGCACAAAUCGGGGAUGGUUUCAGCUCUGGUAACGAUGUACUCCCACGAAGAAGACAUCGACAGCGCCAUUGAUAUUUUCAAACAAGCUAUUGGGCACUACCAGUCUGAACAGCCCGGAUCUGCUGCACACUUGGCUCUGGUACGAGAAGCUGCUAAUUUCAAACUGAAGUAUGGACGGAAAAAAGAAGCCAUUAGUGAUCUGGAGCAGCUGUGGAAGCAAAACACCAACGACAUCCACACACUGGCACAACUCAUCUCGGCGUACUCUCUGGUGGACACAGAUAAAGCCAAAUCCCUCAGCAAGCACCUCCCGUCAGCGGACACCAUGUCUUUCAACGUGGACGUGGACGAGCUGGAGAACUCCCACGGAGCCACAUACGUCAGGAAAAAAGCUGCUAAAGUCACGGGAGAAAAUCUGCCCAAAGAACAAGGCCAAGGAGAGAUCAAGAAGAAGAAGAAGAAAAAGAAAGGCAAAUUACCCAAGAACUAUGACCCCAAAGCGACUCCUGACCCCGAGAGGUGGCUGCCCAUGAGGGAGCGUACCUACUACAGAGGCAAGAAGAAGGGGAAGAAGAAGGAGCAGAUAGGAAAAGGCACACAGGGAGCGACGGCAGGAGCUUCAGCCGAGCUGGAUGCCAGUAAGACAGCCAGUAGCCCCCCUACCUCCCCAAGACCAGGGUCUGCGUCCGGCUCAUCUGCAGCCCCCAGCAGCAACGUGGUCCCCCCGCGACAGCAGAAACCCGCAGCCUCGGGGGCUACUCGCAAGAAGGCGCCACAGAAGAAGAAGAAGGGCGGGAAAGGAGGCUGGUAGUCUGGCCACAGGAUCCACCGACUUCUGUGUGGCCGAGAAAUCACCAGGAAAUCAUAAACUCUUUUUUUUGUUUUUUUUUUUUUGUUUUUUUUUAUGUUUCAAGGUUAAUUUUAAUUUUGUUGUGGCCAUUCAUUUAAACAUGUGAAACCAAAAUCUCCCCUUUUGUGCUACAAUUUUUAAAAGGCAGUUCCACUGAAAUUAACCUUUUUGUUGCUCUUCAAAAGCAGAUGUUUUUUAUUUUUGGUUCAAGUUAAAUGAACAAAAGAAAACUUUACUAAAGUCACUUAACUGCUUCCACAGGCAGGACAUUUGCUUUUUAUGUGUAAUUACUUAGUGUUCAGAGAUCAAAUUAAAUUUUACUCGUACUGUAUAGCCCAGUAUCACUAAUCACUCAUUUGCCUCAAGAGGGUUAACCAUGUGCACAGCACUGCAGCACCCUCUGUCUUUAAACAGUCAAAUCAGACAAGGAGAAACUCGCCCAGUUUUCCUGAUGCAUCGAGGAAAACUCUCAGGAGUUUCUUUCUCAGCUCGUACACGGUGAAGAUCUUCACUCGUCUGGUUCAGUUGCUCUUGAAGUUCUUCGCUGGAGUUCUGGAAACUUAACUGUCAGCCAGCUUCUCCUCCAGAUCCUGCAUCAGCUGCUGCAUCUCAUUCAGUUUUUCUACCUGUGACUAAUAGCUGUUAGGGAGCUCGAAUUAUAUAGAUAUUGAGAAUACUGCUGAAACACCCCCAGCUGUGCACUAAUCUCCAUAAGAGUACCAUCCUGUUUGGAUGUUUCUACAGCCUCCAACUGCUGAUCCUCUCUCAUCAUCUCCACAUGUUGCUGCAGGUCCGUCCUGUUCUAGUCUCCCUCUCUGCACUCUCCUCAAGCUGCUUCACCACCUUAUCUGGAAGAGUCUGAAAUGAGCUCCCUCUGUUUCUGCUGUCAGGUCUUUAUUCAGAUUGCCCACUGUUCCACCCACUCCAUCACAUUUCCUGGGGCUUUGUCGUCUCGCCGUCUUGAGCGGUGAGCUUGGCGUUCUCAUCGAAUACAGCAUUCAGCUUUUUUUUUUUUUUUUUUUUUUUUGGAGAUUG